AAUGAGUUUCAAUUUUACUGGAUUACAGAACAAAGAGGGGAAAGGGACACCCUGCUCUGUUAAGGGAAAAAGAGAAAUAAACUAAGGAAAAAUACACAAAUAAUAUACUGUAAUACAUGCGAUCAACAUUGCGAUGUUCCGGAUUACGAUGUUUUAGCAGACGCUACGGCUACAUUGUGGAUGUGAAUUGUGAGCGUUUCUGAUGGAUUAAAACGGGGGAAUAAACCUAUUCCGGGAUUGACAGCAGCAACAAGGCUAUUUAAUCGCUAAUUAAGAGGCAUGGCUCAGAUGAGGAAGCUGGCAUGUGAUGGCGUCAGGACAAACUCCCGGGGGGACUCGCAGGCCCCGCUGGUGUCCGCCAGACAGGAGAUCCUCACCAGCCUGGUGUCCGCCCUCGACUCAGUGUGCAUGGCGAUGUCUAAGCUCAAUGCUGAGGUGGCAUGCGUCACCGUACACGAGGACAGCGUGAUUGCUGUCGGCACAGAGAAGGGCAGAGUGUUCCUCAACUCCAGGAGGGAAAUCCAAACAGACUUCUACAAGUAUUGCCGGGGGCCAUGUCUGCAGAAUUUGACCACAGCAAAUGCCCAUACCAAAGACCAGGAAGGCGAUCUCAGUAAACUGAGUAAGGAUGGUGAGCAUGGGAAGCCGAGAGCUCCAUCAGACGCUCAGUCUAACAUCUUUGUUCUGAGGAAGAUGGUGGAGGAAGUCUUCACUGUACUUUACAGUGAGGCUGUGGGGAAGAGCAGCCUGGUCCCUGUGCCUUAUGAGUGGAUCCAGAAGGACCCCGGCUGUGUGGUGGCCCACGGUUUGCCUGAGGGAGCCACCCUGAAGAAACCCUCUGAGUAUGACACCAAGACACUGAUGAAGAUUCUGGAGCAGAGCCACCGCAUCCAGUUCAUAGUCAAAAGGCCAUCAGAAGAUUUGUCGCGAGAAGCCAAGUCCAGCACUGAUGUCAAUCACAACUCUUCCACCGCCGCGAUGACACCGAGCAGCCAUGGCCCAGGGAAGACUGCUGGCCAGGUAGUCACGUCAUCAAGUCCCGCCUCUUCCAGCAACUCUGUUUUGUCAAACUUCCUGUACGGCAUGCCCAUGUCCUCCAAACCUCACCCGGAUGGCAAGCUCGAUUUUAAACCCAUGUCCCUCCUCAACCUGGGCAAGGACAGACUGGCCAACUGGACAACAGGGACGGACAAGAUAAGCACGUCUGUCAAGGACUGUGCAAACAAUGACGAGACAACAAGAUUACCUGGUGAGCAGGGUCAGAGCCCUCCUGGCAUCCACAUCUCCAAGAGGCUACUCUUCUCCAUAGUACAUGAAAAAUCAGAAAAAUGGGAUUCUUUCAUUCGGGAAACUGAAGACAUCAACACGUUGAGAGAGUGUGUUCAGAUCUUGUUCAACAGCAGAUACGCUGAGGCCCUAGGUCUAGAUCACAUGGUGCCUGUCCCCUACCGCAAAAUAGCCUGCGACCCAGGGGCCGUGGAGAUCAUUGGCAUUCCUGACCAGAUCCCCUUCAAGAGACCCUGCACCUAUGGAGUUCCCAAGCUCAAACGCAUCCUUGAAGAGCGCCAUGGAAUCCGCUUCAUUGUCAAACGAAUGUUUGAUGAAAGGAUUUUCACUGCUGCUGGCAAGAUUGCAAGAGAGGAGGGCAAGCAUGACCUGGGCUCCAUGCCUGAAGACGGCUUCCUUGACAAUCUGAGCAUUCCGCCCACCACAGCCGAGCUGGUCAGCAAUCCUCACAGCAGCAGAUCAGCAAGUGCAUGCGUGAGUCCCUUGGCUGACUGUGAAGCAGGUCCUUCAGGAGAUUGCAUUCCUUUGAAAAGGAUUAAAACAGAGCCUCCAGAUGGGGAAAUCAUUCAAGUAACAGUGCCAGAUGCUGGUACAAGUGGGGAGGAGCCCAGCGAGCCUGUGGCCGAGCCGGUCGCUGUUGCAGCGUGUCCAGCCACAGCCUCGCCCUCUGCUCCCUCUGCUCCCUCUGCUCCCUCUGCUUCCUCUGCUCCCCAUCACCAAAUGGAAAACCACGCAGCUGAAGCUGUGUCACCCAGCGCGGCCUCCCAGAGCAUCAGAAGGUCCUCUGAAGCAGGGAGUUUGGUGGAGGACAUUGGUGAAAUGAUUCUUCAGCUUCGGAGACAAGUGGAGAGCCUUUUCGACAUUAAGUACGCUGACGCUCUGGGCCUGCCUGAACCAGCCAAGGUGCCCUACUCCAAGUUCCAGAUGUACCCAGACGAUCUGUACGUCACUGGGAUGCCGGAGGGAAUCUCUCUCCGAAGACCCAACUGUUUUGGAGCGGCCAAACUGCGCAAGAUCUUAGCUGCUAGCAGUCAGAUUCAGUUUGUCAUCAAAAGGCCUGAGCUUUUAACUGAGCAAGUAAAACAAGAGAUGCCUCCCAUGCCCAUCUGUGAUGCAGAGCUGGACGCCAAGGAUGCAACACCAGUAACAGAGGAUACUGCAGCUAUAUCGAAGAGACCUGGAUUCUCAGAGUGCCUGGAGUCCAAACUGUCCCGGAUCGACCUGGCCAACACGCUGCGAGAGCAGGUCCAAGAUCUGUUCAACAGGAAGUAUGGGGAGGCACUGGGCAUCAAGUACCCCGUCCAAGUGCCUUACAAGAGGAUCAAGAACAACCCAGACUCGGUCAUCAUCGAGGGCCUUCCCCCUGGCAUCCCCUUCAGGAAGCCCUGCACCUUCGGCUCCCAGAACCUGGAGAGGAUCCUGGCGGUCGCUGACAAAAUCAGUUUUACCAUCACCAGACCUUUUCAAGGACUCAUUCCUAAACCAGCACCUCGACGCGUCACUUUACUAAAGAAGGCCUACGCCUCAAUAAGUGACGAUGAUGAUCUUAACCGCAUGGGGGAGAAAGUAGUCCUUCGAGAGCAAGUCAAGGAGCUGUUUAACAAAAAAUACGGUGAGGCUCUGGGCUUAGACCGCUCCGUCGUGGUCCCGUACAAGCUAAUCCGUGGCAGUCCAGAGUCUGUCGAAGUUAGUGGCCUUCCAGACGAUAUCCCCUUCCGAAACCCCAACACCUACGACAUCGUGUGCCUGGAGAAAAUCCUUCAAGCCACAGAUAGAAUAACAUUCAACAUCAGGAGCCAGCUACAACCUUUUGCAGAAAUCUGUAGCCAAGCUUGUAACACAGUAGGGACAGACGCCUCCACCAAUCGACGGAAGCGCAAGAGAGUCCAGGAGAGCAACCGAGUGCCUGCCUCCUCCGACCUGAUAUCAACCAAUCAGAUUCCUGUGAUGCAGUGGCCCAUGUACAUGGUGGACUACAGCGGAGUGAAUGUGCAAGUUCCCGGGAAAGUCAAUUACUGAAGGACAACCCUGGACUGCAGCAAAGGGAUUAAAGGAGGAGUGUGUCAAAGUGAUAUUCAUGACUCUUCCACACGCGACACUAACACUUUGUCAGAGUGCUCAGAC